CUGAAAGGAUAAUCAUAAAAAAUCACCCGGAAAUUUCUCCGAAAUUUUCUGAUCGAUAUUUUCAUAAUUUUUUUCCGACGAGACCAACAUCAAACACGCCAUUUUUUCUUCUCACUGUCUCCAAAAUGAUGAGCUUCUUCAGAAUCCUCUCUUUGUUAUCUUCCAUUCUUCCUACUCUAUACUUAAGUCUUGCUUUCACCGGCGUCCAUGCAGCCCUUUUCGAGAUACAAAAUAACUGCUCCUACACGGUUUGGGCAGCUGCCGACCCUGGUGGGGGCAGGGAACUACAUCAAGGCCAAUCAUGGUUUAUCAACACGGAUCCUAACUUCGGCGACAUUGGCCGCAUAUGGGCUCGAACCAACUGCAACUUUAAUGUAAUCGGGAUGUGCAAAUGUGAGAGCGGAGACUGUGACGGUCUUCUCUACUGUGUGUCACGAGGUAAGACACCCGUUACAUUAGCAGAAUAUACUUUUGGCUCCGGCGGUAGCCAUAAGAGCACUGAUUUUUUUGAUAUUAGUUUGGUGGAUGGAUUCAACGUUCCUAUGGAAUUUAGAGCAACAUCUACUGGGUGCAACCAAGCGAUUAAGUGUGCGGCUGACAUCAAUCGUUUGUGUCCAACUGAGUUAAGGGACCCCGGUGGCUGUAAUCAUCCGUGUACAGUUUUCAAUACUGACAAUUUGUGCUGUCGUGGUAGCUUCUGUACUACCCCUGAGACUUCUGCAUCGGCGUACUUCAAGUUUUUUAAGGAUUUGUGCCCAAAUGCUUACAGUUAUGCCUUAGACUAUGCAACCACUACAUUUACUUGCCCUUCGGGAACUGAUUACAAGGUUGUGUUUUGCCCUCCAACAACUUAAUUUCUUCCUUGCCGUAAUUUUCCUGGAGGAAAUAGUAUUUGGGUUGUACCAGUCUGGUGCUAUAAUGGAUCAAAGUUUGCUUUUUCUUCAA